AUGAUUAGUUUUUUCUUUGGAAAGUGCUUUUUUUAUUCUCGGCAUUUUUGUUCUUCUUACAUGCUGACAUUCUAUUAUUUGAACACAUACUCAACUGAUGAUUUCAAACGUGCAUUUUUGAAAAACAAAUCUAUAUCACAGACAGCUGACGACGCAGUUCCACAGCCAGUUGUACUGAUAGACCAAGACUCAGACCGUGAUGCAACCAUUGUGCAGCUGAGUUUUGGAGAUCGUUUGGGGGCACUACUUGAUACGAUGAAGGCACUCAAGGACCUGGGCCUUGAUGUGACGAAAGGAAGUGUGGCAACUGAUUCAUCUGUCACACAAACAAAGUUCCACAUCAUGCGAUUAGGGCGUAAGGUUGAGGACCCUGACAUGUUGGAAACAAUACGGCUGACCAUCAUUAACAACCUUCUGCAGUAUCAUCCCGAAUCAAGCGAGAAGCUAGCUAUGGGUGAAUUUUUUGGAAUCAAAGCCCCUGAGAAGAAGGUUGAUGUUGAUGUUGCAACACAUGUAAUUGUGCAAGAUGAUGGACCGAAAAGAAGCAUGCUUUACAUAGAGACAGCUGAUCGACCAGGCUUACUCUUGGAAGUAAUCAAGAUCAUUACUGACGUAAAUGUUGAUGUGGAAUCAGCUGAGAUUGAUACUGAGGGCUUGGUUGCCAAGGACAAGUUUCAUGUGAGUUACAGAGGGGCAAAACUUAACAGCUCGUUAUCUCUGGUGCUGGUUAAUUGUUUGCGCUAUUACCUCCGGAGGCCCGAGACAGAUGAAGACAGCUAUUGA